AAAAAAAAAAAAAUCAAAAUCAAAAUUAUUUAUAGAUUUCACGAGCGAUUGUGGCCGGCCGGUUUUCCUAUUAUCAUUGCAUUACAGGAGGUUACACCACAAACAAAACCGUUUGAGAUGUUGUAUAUUUAAAUUCUUUGAAGCAGCAGCGGGGUGCAUGCCUAAACUCAUUAAUCUUCAACCUGCAGACCGAUCGAGAUUCGAUAAGUAAAGCAUGGCUUCUAAACCAGGUCCCUUGACCAACUGGCCAUGGCAAAAGCUCGGAAACUUCAAAUAUGUGGUUUUGGCGCCUUGGGUAGUACAUAGCAUUUAUCAAUUUGUUACCAAGGAUGAAAAUGAGAGGGACGUCGGUUACUUGCUUACCUUCCCCUUUUUGCUGUCGAGGAUGCUUCAUAGCCAGCUAUGGAUAAGCUUAGCUCGUUACCAGACUGCCAAAAGCAAGCACAGGAUCGUUCACAAGGGUAUCGAGUUUGAACAAGUGGACAGAGAAAGAAACUGGGAUGACCAGAUCAUUCUUAAUGGAAUUGUCAAUUAUAUCAUACCACAAAUCUUUCCUGGAGCUUCAAGAUUGCCAAUGUGGAGGUGGGAUGGCAUAUUUCUCGUCAUACUCUUUCACGCUGGCCCCGUGGAGUUUCUCUACUACUGGCUUCACAGAGUUCUGCACCAUCACUUUCUUUAUUCACGCUACCAUUCCCAUCAUCAUGCCUCUGUUGUCACUGAGCCCAUUACAUCUGUGGUUCAUCCAUUUGCAGAACAUUUGCUUUAUUUUAGCCUGUUCUCAAUCCCCAUCAUGGCCACGGUAUUUACUGGGACAAUCUCGCUUGGAGCAAUUGGUCUGUAUUUCACUUACGUUGAUUUCAUGAACAAUAUGGGGCACUGCAACUUCGAGAUGGUGCCAAAGAGGCUUUUCAGCAUCUUUCCCUUUCUCAAGUAUCUCAUGUAUACUCCAUCGUUCCACUCUCUUCACCACACAAAAUUUCGAACCAACUACUCGCUCUUCAUGCCUAUAUAUGAUUACAUGUAUGCCACCAUGGAUGAUUCCUCUGAUACAGUGUAUGAAACUUCACACAAAGGACAGCAGGAGACACCACAUGUAGUCCAUCUAACACAUCUGACUACGCUAGAAUCCAUCUACCAUCUACGGCCAGGAUUUGCUUCAUUAGCUUCCGGACCCUACACUCCAAAAUGGUAUCUAUGGAUGUUAUGGCCUGUGACGUACGUGUCCAUGUUGUUUGCAUGGAUCUCCAGUUCCAUCUUUACUGUGGAGAGGAAUCUGUUUAAUGAACUCAAGAUGCAAACAUGGGCGAUACCAAGAUACAGUUUCCAGUAUUUGUUUUCUUGGAAAAGAGAUUCAAUCAAUGGUUUGAUUGAGAAAGCUGUACUGGAAGCCGAUGCAGGAGGUGUCAGGGUGUUGAGUUUGGGACUUCUAAACCAGGGAGAGGAAUUGAACGGAAAUGGCGAACUGUAUGUCAAGAAACACCCAAAACUCAAGAUUAGACUUGUGGACGGGAGUAGCUUGGUGGUUGCUAUUGUUCUUAACACCAUACCAAAGGGAACAAAACAAGUACUUUUAAGAGGAAAGCCGUACAAAAUUGUUAGUGCCAUUGCCCUCUAUUUAUGCCAAAAAGGGGUUCAGGUAGCUGUGGCAUGCAAGGAUGAUCUUGAGAAGCUUAAACUACGACUUCCUAAGGAGUUGUGGAGUAACUUGAGCCUUUCAAGUAGUUACUCCCAAAAGGUAUGGUUGGUGGAUGAAGGAGUUAUAACAAGUGAAGAGCAGAGGAAGGCACCAAAAGGAACUCAUUUUAUUCCAUUCUCACAUUUUCCACCGAAGAAAGUGCGCAAGGAUUGUAUUUAUUAUAACACACCGGCCAUGGCCAUCCCCAAGGCUUUUGAGAACGUCCAUUCAUGUGAGAAUUGGUUGCCAAGGAGGGUGAUGAGCGCAUGGCGUAUAGCAGGAAUAGUGCAUGCAUUGGAAGGAUGGAAAGAACAUGAAUGCGGGGAAACCAUGCUUGAUGUGCACAAGGUAUACGUUGCGGCUCUGCGUCAUGGCUUCCUUCCUUUGUCCCCCCAGUCCCCACUUUUCACAUCUCUUAAUUAAUUAAGAGUUAUUGGUGUUUGUUGGGUGUGAAAUAAAUUAGGUACAGAUGUAUCAAUGUAUCAUUCAUAAAACAUUGAAAUGUAUUUACUAAUAUUUGACCA